GUCGGGUCUGGUGGAUUUGGGAUUGUGUUCAAAGCCAAGUUUCGAGGUGAAACGGUGGCGGUUAAGAAGAUUCAUGCACAUGCUUUAUCCAAUGCCUCUUCCAUCGCAGAAUUUCAAUCAGAGGUCGCAGUUUUGUGUACUUUACAACAUCCUAACAUUUUAAGAUUUGUGGGUGCCUGCACGAUGCCACCAAAUCUCAUGAUUAUCACAGAGUUUAUGUCUCGGGGAACAUUGUUCGACGUCCUCCAUCAAUCGCAGAUGCGAGUCCCCUGGUCUAUGCGGAAGAAGUUUGCCAUGGACACUUGCAGGGGAAUGCGGUAUCUGCAUGAUAGCAAAUUGCUGCACCGAGACCUCAAGUCAUCCAACCUCAUGCUGGAUAAGGACUUUAAUUGCAAAGUGGGUGAUUUCGGUCUCACACGUCUCUCUCGUGGUGCGGCAGCUGCGCAAAUGACAGGGCAAUGCGGAACGUUUCAGUACAUGGCAGUGGAGGUCCUAACAAGCAAACCGUAUUCUGAAAAGGCAGAUGUGUUCUCCUUUGGUAUCUUACUGUGGGAAAUGGUGGCUCGAAAGCUGCCGUAUUUUGGGAUGCAACCGAUGCAGGUAGGUAUGGCUGUUGUCCAACAGGGCAUGAGGCCUCCAAUACCACCCAAGUGCCCCGCGCCGCUGGUCAAGCUGAUGAAAGCGUGUUGGGACAGUGACCCGAAUGUAAGACCAUCGUUUGCGCAACUCGUACAAGCCCUGGAAGCAAUGCCGGAAUAA